GGCUUGGGCUUUGUCGAGCUUCAUCAGUACAAUGCGUAACAGGGUGAUAAACUGACAUCUCCCAGCUGUGUUUUUACAGUAGAGCCCAAGGCCGAAACAUUCGAGGAAUCGUUGUUAAAAUUCUGACCCAAAAUUGGUCUAGUGUUGGAUUUCAGAGUUGAAGACAACCAGACGAGAAGCGAUCGGACUUUAUAUUCAUCAUGUUUCCAGGAAAGGGAAGACAUUACUUUAUGUUUGACGAUGGAAAACGCUUGUGAAUGAAUCGGACGGAUUUUGUCUGUUGGAAUUACACUAUAAGGGCUUUAUGGUUGAAUCUUUGGUUCGGAGAGCCUUUGUUUACAGGAUCAGAAAGAGGCCAGGAGUCAGUUCAUGUGAAUCGGAGAGGGGUGUCUGUCGUUGUUUAGAUGGUGAUUAGAAAGACAGGAAGGAUAGAUCUGGACUAAUAAGAAGAUCACGUUACUUAACCAUAAGCAGCGCACGUUACUUAACCCACUGAAACCAUGUCGCAUGUGACUGACUGGGAAGCGUCCGCGUCGAUAAUCGUAUAACCUGAGAGAGAAAGGCACGGACCCGCCACGGUGCCACCAUGGAUCUACUUGAGUGCCCAAUCUGCCUGUUCCUCAUGUGUGAACCGGCCACCAUGUCCUGUGGUCACUCGUUCUGCCGGAGCUGCCUGGGUAACUACUUGCCAUCCAGGUGCCCAGCCUGCAAGGAAAGAUUUAAACAGAGAGACGCCAAAAAUAUCAAGAACACCAUCCUGAUAUUCAGUGUCAUUGAGAAGUGCUGCCCAGAAGAAACGAGGAUGAAAUGCCAUAUUCUGGAGAAACUCAAAACCAGCGAGUUCACAGAAGCUUUACGCAUCGCGGAUGAAGGGAUACGACUAGCCCCUGGUGAUGUGAGUCUGAAGGUGUGGAGAGCAGAGGCCAGUAUGGGACUGGGACUGUUCUCUGAUGCCCUGAGGGACCUUGAAGACCUUUGCUUCGUUCGCCCCAAGUGGACAGAGGGUUUAUUUCGUAAAGGUAAUGCGUUAUUGGAGAUGGGUCGUCAGUCUGAAGCCCUGAUCCAGUUUCACCGCUGUCUCAAACUACAGGCCGACUUCACUCCUGCCAAGAGCCAGAUUAAAAAGAUCCUGGAGGCGGAAGGCAUGUCAGUUCCAGAGGAGGUGCCCCAGAUCCUCCAGGUGGUGUCGGAGUACCUCAGAGACCCCUGCCCCCCCAUCACAAGCCUCUUCCCCACUGGACCCACACAAAGCCACACACACAGCCACGCCGAAAGCCUCCGAUUCCCUCAGGAGGAGGGGGUCGACGGGGACAGGAGAGGAGACUCUGAGAACGGGUCAAAGGUGAAACAUGGGACCAGUACUGAGUGCUGUCUCAGUCUUUGUCAGGCCGUGUCCUUCCUCCCUACAGCCGAGGAUGAUGAGGAGAUGAUGAUGAGGAAGGAGGAGAGGCACAGCAGGGGAGGCUGCAGUCUGGACAGAAGAGACUCUCUGAGUGUCCUGACUGUGUCUGACUUUGAAUGUCCCCUCUGUAUCAGGCUGUUCUAUGAGCCAGUGACCACUCCCUGUGGACACACCUUCUGCAGGACCUGCCUCGAGAGAAGCCUCGACCACAACCUCCGCUGCCCCCUCUGCAAACAGCCACUACAGGAGUACUUUAAGAACAGGAAAUACAACCCCACAGUGCUGCUGCAGGAGAUCAUGUCCCUCCUCUUCCCCCUGCAGCUGGCUGAGAGGAAGCAGGUCCACGAGACUGAGAUGGCCGAACUCUCCAAUCUAACUAAGGACAUCCCUAUCUUUGUGUGUGCGGUGGCGUACCCGGGCGUGCCCUGUCCUCUCCACAUCUUCGAGCCUCGUUAUCGCCUCAUGAUGAGACGAUGCAUGGAGACGGGCACCAGGAAGUUUGGCAUGUGCAGCUACGAACAUGGAAAAGGAUUUGCAGACUACGGCUGUAUGCUGGAGAUCCAUAGCCUAGAGGUGUUGGCUGAUGGUCGCUCCUAUGUGGACUGUGUGGGUGGAAGUCGCUUCAGGGUCCUAAAGAGAGGACAGAGAGAUGGAUACCACACUGCUGAUAUAGAAUACAUGGAGGACCACAAGGCUGAGGGGUCAGAGUUGGAGCUGUUGCAGAGCCUCCAUGACAGUGUGUAUGAGCAGGCCCAGGACUGGUACACACGCCUCAACACACGCCUCAGAGAACAGAUCAGCAGACAGUAUGGAACCAUGCCUGACAAGGACGACAACAUACAGGCCUCCAAUAACGGUCCAGCUUGGUGUUGGUGGUUGUUGUCAGUUCUCCAGCUGGACCCUGCCUACCAGACCACUGUGCUGUCUCUGCCCUCCCUCAAAGAUCGCCUGGGACACCUGCGCAUCGUUCUGGAGUACUUCUCCCAGAGCUAGAGAAGAGGAGGAGUAUGAAGGAGAUAGAGGGAUACAGUGAUACUUGGUUUCUGAUGCCAAUCCAGUACCCUACACAGAGGAGAAUCUCUACAGACCGGAUAAUAUGAACCAUACACAAUACAGAAAUAAACACACAUCCACUAAUAUAUUACACAGACACAGACACAGACACAGACACAGACACAGACACAGACACAGACACAGACACAGACACAGACACAGACACAGACACAGACA